GACAGUUUACUAGGCAGGCGAGGCCCCGCCCACAUUCAGACUCCGCCCCUCGGACCUCGGGAUCCACAAAGCCUCAUUGGAGCGUUUUGAGCAUGCGCACUUCCCCAGUACAAUCAGGGAGCACACGCGCGACCCGCGACCCGGAAGGCUUUCUUGCCACACUGGAGAGCCUGCGUGAGGGGUGUCGAUGGCGGAGGGAGCGGUGGAGGUUCCAGCCGAUAGCGGUGCUGGCGGAGACUCAGGAGCGAGUGUGUUGGAACGCGGAGUGGCGCCCAUUAAGCCUCAAUACCUCACCACCAAGGAACACUUUCACGGGUUCCUGGAAGCCAAAGGGCGGGAGAAGCUUUGCCAGGACAGUGAGGCAGGAGACCCUGAUGGCGCUGACAACGCUGAGCCCGAGGCCAAGCGGAUCCGAUUGGAGGACGGGCAGCCGGAGGCGGCAGUGGAGCCUGGGAAGCAGCCGCAGGCCCCAAAGAGAGCGCGGGGCCAGAACAAGAGCCGGCCCCACAUGAAGCCCACGCAGUAUGACCAGAACCGGCUGUGCCCUUCCCUGAUCCAGGAGUCGCCUGCCAAGUGUUUCUUUGGGGACCGCUGCCGCUUCCUGCAUGACGUGGUCCGUUACCUGGAGACCAAGCCGCCCGACCUGGGCCCCCGCUGUGUGCUCUUCGAGACCUUCGGCAGGUGUCCCUACGGCGUGACCUGCCGCUUCGCCGGCGCCCACCUGGGGCCCGAGGGCCAGAACCUGGUGCUCGAGGAGCUGCUGGCCCGCGGGGCCCACAUGCCGCCCCUGCGCAAUGCCCUGGACAAAACCCUGCAGCGGCAGCUGCGCAAACGCCAGGUGCGCUUCGAGCGUGCGGAACAGGCCCUGCGUGGCCUCAGCCAGGGCCCUGUGCAGGCCGCAGCUGUCGCCGAGCUCACGGCCCCUGAGGGUGACUCAGGGCAGAACCACUGCACUGCCCUGCAGGACCCUGCAGAGCUGGGGGCUGGCAGCCCUGUGCAGACCUGCGGGCCCUUGACGGACGAGGACACGGUCAGGCUGCGGCCCUGUGAGAAGAAGCGGCUGGACAUCAGUGACAAACUGUACCUGGCCCCUCUCACAACGUGCGGGAACCUGCCCUUCCGGCGGAUCUGCAAGCGCUUCGGGGCGGACGUGACGUGCGGGGAGAUGGCCAUGUGUACCAACCUGCUGCAGGGCCAGACGUCUGAGUGGGCCCUGCUCAGACGCCACCCCUGCGAGGACAUCUUUGGGGUCCAGCUGGAAGGCGGCUUCCCCGACACCAUGGCCAAGUGUGCAGAGCUGCUGAACCGCACCAUCGAGGUGGACUUUGUGGACAUCAAUGUCGGCUGCCCCAUCGACCUCGUGUACAAGAAGGGUGGGGGCUGCGCCCUCAUGAACCGCCCGGCCAAGUUCCAGCAGAUCGUCCGAGGCAUGAGCCAGGUGCUGGACGUGCCGCUGACCGUGAAGAUCCGCACGGGCGUCCAGGAGCACGCGAACCUGGCGCACCGCCUGCUGCCCGAGCUGCGGGCCUGGGGCGCUGCCCUCGUCACGCUGCACGGCCGCUCCCGCGAGCAGCGCUACACCAAGCUGGCUGACUGGCAGUACAUCGGGCAGUGCGUGGAGGCGGCCAGCCCCAUGCCGCUCUUCGGGAAUGGGGACAUCUUGUCGUACGAGGACGCCAAUCGCGCCAAGCAGACUGGAGUUGCCGGGAUCAUGAUUGCCCGGGGCGCCCUGCUGAAGCCCUGGCUGUUCACGGAGAUCAAGGAGCAGAGGCACUGGGACAUCUCGUCCUCUGAGCGCCUGGACAUCCUGCGGGACUUCACCCACUAUGGCCUGGAGCACUGGGGCUCUGACACACAGGGCGUGGAGAAGACCAGGCGCUUCCUGCUGGAGUGGCUGUCCUUCCUCUGCAGGGUUGACCCUCCCUUACCUCACCUAGGUCCCUUCCGGCCAGUCCUGGCCCCGCCCCUAGCCAUUGGCCCCGCCCAUCUGGCCCCGCCCCGCAGGUAUGUGCCGGUCGGCCUGCUGGAGGUUCUCCCCCAGCGCAUCAACGAGCGCCCCCCCUACUACCUUGGCCGCGACUACCUGGAGACGCUCAUGGCCAGCCAGCAGGCAGCCGACUGGAUCCGUAUCAGUGAGAUGCUUCUGGGCCCAGUGCCUCCCAACUUUGCCUUCCUGCCCAAGCACAAGGCCAAUGCCUACAAGUAGCCCCCAGAGCCAGCUGGUGUGGAGGACAGACCUGGGGUGUUUUGGGGGAGAGGGGUCUGCCUUUGAGACAGGGUCUCACUGUGUGGUCCAGGCUGGCCUCAGACUCAAGGCGACCCUCCUGCCUCGGCCUCCUCAGUGCUGGCAUCACAGCCAGGCGCCACCAUGCCUGCUUUAAUAAAUCAUAUUCUUGUAAGA